CUGACCAAAAAUGGCUGAGGAGGAAAGUAAGAGCUUCUCUGUUGAGCUGAGUGAGAAAGGAGGUUUAGAAAACAAAGGAUUUGUUCAAAAUGAGGUGCUUAAUGAAAAGGAAUGCAAUGCCAGCAGCCAAGAGGAGAUACCAGAAACAUGCGUUGUUGGCAUCAACUCAGCAGCUGUGCAGAACCAGGACUGUGAAGUUUUGAAGCCCUUUGCAGGAAUGCCUAAGGAAGUCUUGCUUAAAUUCUCAGGUCAGGCACGGUACAGAGUCACCAGAGAGAUCCUCUUCUGGCUCAUAAUUGCAUCUACACCAGUGCUUGUCGGUGCUACAAUUGCAAUUGUUGCCGUGUCGCCAAAGUGCCUGGACUGGUGGCAAGCUAGUCCCAUUUAUCAGAUCUAUCCACGUUCAUUUAAGGACACCAACAAGGAUGGGAAUGGUGAUCUGAAAGGUAUCCAAGAAAAACUGGAUCAUAUCACGUAUUUAAAUAUAAAAACGAUCUGGAUUACUUCUGUUUAUAAAUCACCCUUAAAAGACUUUGGGUAUGGAGUUGAAGACUUCCGGGAUGUUGAUCCUAUGUUUGGAACGAUGAGGGAUUUUGAAAACUUGAUUGCAGCUAUACAUGACAAAGGUUUAAAGGUGAUAAUGGAUUUAAUACCAAACCACACAAGUGACAAACACAGUUGGUUUCAGCUGAGUCGCAAUCGGACUGGGAAGUAUGCGGAUUACUACAUCUGGCAUGAUUGUGCACACACUGAUGGGACAAUCACUCCUCCCAACAACUGGGUGAGUGUUUAUGGGAAUUCCAGUUGGCAAUAUGAUGAAGUGAGAAAGCAAUGUUAUUUUCACCAGUUUGGGAAAGAACAACCAGAUUUAAAUAUCCGCAACUCCGCUGUGCAAGAAGAAAUCCAUGAUAUUAUCAAAUUUUGGCUUGGCAAAGGCAUUGAUGGGUUUAGUAUCAAUGCUGUUAAAUUUCUUCUUGAAGCAACACACCUGAGAAAUGAACCUCAAGUGGAUAAAUCCCAAAAUUCGGAGAGCAUCUCAGCAUAUUCUGAGCUGUAUCAUGACUUCACCACCACGCAAGUCGGCAUGCAUGAUAUCGUCCGCAGUUUCCGGCACACCCUAGAUGAAUUCAGCGUUGAGCCUGGCCGAUACAGGUUUAUGGGGACUGAAGACAAUAACCAGGAAAACAUCGAAGCAACAAUGAUGUAUUAUGGAACAUCUUUUAUCCAAGAAUCAGAUUUCCCCUUCAACUUCUACCUAAUUAACAUGGAAAACUUCUCAGGAAAUAGUAUUUUUGAAACUGUAUCUUUGUGGAUGAAGAAUAUGCCUAAAGGAAAAUGGCCAAACUGGGCGGUUGGAGACCCUAGCACUGCUCGAAUUACAUCUCGGAUUGGAAAAGAAUACACUAAGGUCAUAAAUAUGCUCCUUUUAACUCUUCCUGGGACACCUACAACUUAUUAUGGUGAAGAAAUAGGAAUGGAAAAUAUUGCAACUGAAAAUGUGACCUUUCCAGAGAAGUCACCCAUGCAGUGGAAUGGCCACCUUCAUGCCGGCUUCAGUGAGGGUAACAUAAGCUGGUUACCUGUUAAUCUGGACUACCAAAAUGUAAAUGUCGAAGUUCAAAAGACUCAACCUAACUCAACACUGAAUCUAUAUCGAGAGCUAAAUUUACUUCGCAACAAUGAGCUGCCCAUUCAUAGGGGAUGGAUGUGCUAUAUUUGGAAUGACAGCAAUGUUUUUGUGUAUCUGAGGGAAUUAGAUGGAUUAGACACAGUCUUUAUAAUGGUUCUCAAUUUUGGACAGGAAUCAAUCAUAGACCUGAAAGCUGUAGUUUCUGAGCUUCCGUCUGAAGCUACCAUAAGGCUAAGCACUAAUUUUAGCAACACUGGUAAAGUUGUAAAUACCAAAACAAUUAAAACUGAAAAAGGGGAAGGAAUUGUCCUUGAGUAUAAAACAAGGAAGACAGUUCAUACUACGGAAGCUUUCCAAGGGAAGUGUUUUGUGGCUGAAAAAGCAUGUUAUUCUAGUGCCUUGAAUAUACUCUACAUGCACUGCUAAGCGCGAGGGCAUGUAGGAAAUUUUGUUUUAUGCAUUUAAGGCAGAAAGUGUUGAUUUCAGGUAAAUACUGUGGCAAUGGCUUUUUAAACUUGCUGAUUUGUGUAUCAAAUGAACAGCAGUCCAUAAACAAACUAAUGUGGCUUAAUUGUCUGGCCUCUUUUAUUGGUGUGUGAGCAAUGGUGGUGAGUGGAGGGCAGAAGGUGCUUACCUUAAGGGUAACCAA